UGGAAGUGCACCGCCCGCGCAGGGGCGAGGGCCCAGGCUCCGGAGCAGCUGCGAUGGCCUGCGCCAACCCCGUGGUGAGGAGGCCGCGCCGCCUGUCGGCCUGCGCUGGGUAGCGAGGGCACAGGCCCGGGCUCACGGCUGCUGCGCUCUGCACACUCUGUCCCCUCUGGCUCUUCACACGUUUUCAGAAACCCUCUCCCUCGCGGCGCUGGUAGUUGGCAGUGUGGGAGGAGGCCGACGAGGGCUCGCAGCUCCUCCGGCCGGGCCUGGAUCCCCGGGAGAACUAGUGUCCCUCUUCGCCCCACUCCGCACCCAAACCUGGGCUGUCUUGAAUGAGGUGUUUGGAAGGUGGUUAGAGAUGGAACUCACCUUAACCCUCCUGGUGUCCUAUGUGUUUAGAAAAUUCCCGAGUUCAGUUAUACUUGUAAAUUUUAGUAUAGCUGUUGUUGAUUCCAAGCUAUAUUAUUUACCUGAACUAACAGGUAGUGUGAUGUUUCAUGUUGACCCACCACAUAUUUUUAGAGUUCUCCCCACCCCUCAUUUCCCCUUCCUUCAGCAUCUGAAUGCUUAAGUGUACCAUUGGUAUUAAAAAUUACGAACAUUGCUCUGCUACCCCGAAGGGGUACCUAAACCUUAUAAAGAGAAUUGACAGGCUAAAUGGCACUUGGUGAGACCCUCUACCAAUCUUAACCAGAAUUAAAGAAAAAAAUAUCAAGGAUUCACCAUCAUUUUCAGUUCAUCUUAACUGCCAGCACAUUUGGCGAAAGACAGUGUACUUGGCCAGGUCUGUGUUAUUUUAUGGGUUCCAGGUGUACAUACGCAGCAUAAAAAGGUUCAUUUUUAGAGACGUUAUUAUUUUAAUGUGUAUCUACUUUCUGAUAUUAAUGUGUUUCAAGAUCUGUAAAAUACUCAUGCUUGAAUAUGAGCUUGCCAUUUAUACCAUUUUAUCUGAUGGUUAAUCCCAAGGAGAGGGAAUGUGUGUGUUUCUUUUAAACAGAGAAGUAUGAUGGAUUUCCUGGAUUAUACAUAGUUUUAAUAAAGAUAACAGGAAAAGAAUAUAAAGACUAACUAGUCCUAAAAGAGAAAGUAUGUUCAGUACCUACUUUGCUUUUGAAAAAUUGUGUUCUAAUGGGUUAUUGUUGACAGCUGCUGUUACACUCUGGCAGCAAUCUUAAAGAUGUUUUUAGAGCCAAGAGUUUUUUCCUGUAGUUUUAAAUGUGAUUACAUUAACUGAGACUAACACUACAGCAUCAGUUUAGUGUGCCUUUAUCACGGUAAACUGUUUUAGAAGAAGCAACUAAUCUAGGGCACUUAAUCUUAAUACAUAUACUUUUAAGGUAUUAUUUAAAGGUUACUGAUUGGCCUGUCUAUAGGUUUACCCUGCAUCUUUAGAAGGAUUAAUCUGAAAUCUAGCUACUCUUGGAGUGAGCAGGAGUAUUUAGAGUAUUUACUGAGUAGUAUGAAAAAGCAGUCCUAGAAUGCCACAGUUUUUCAUUUUGGCCUGAUUAACCACUUUGAAAUAAGAAAAAUUCAACUAAAUGCUUGUUUUGCUAUUUCUUAUGAGUGGAGCUUACACUAGGUCAGUAUUGUUAGUACACUUAGCGUUGUCAUUUGGACUGGAGUGAGAUGGAGCACAGUUUAUGUGAAUUUGAAAGAUUGAGUUUAUUUCCCAGGGUAUUUUUCUAUUAAUAUUGACCAAUAUUUAAUCUGGGUAGAAAUCUCUUUAAUGUUAUGGUGUCAUAGUAUUUUUUUGUUAGGAAGCAUUUUAGGAUGUUACUUAUUCUCUGCAAUAUGCAGAUUGUAGAAGGCUAAGGUUCAUUCAUAUCCUUAGUUUCUCUUGACAGUGAUUCAGUAUAUUUUUGGGGGCUAUGUGUGUUUUUGAAGUGGGACAGGUUUUGAUUACUCUUUUAAGUGCUUGCCUCAGUGUUAUGGCUUGGAAUUUAUUAACAUUCGUGGAAAUAAUAUAGUGAAGACUAAGAAAACUCCAUUGGCCUCUAUGAGAAAAGGGUAAAUUGCAAACAGAAGGUUCUUUUUCACCUGCCUUAAUUUAAGUUCAUUUCCCUUUUUAAAAGUAGUGGGUAGUUUAAAAUUCUGACUCAAAAAACCAAGUAACGGUUACAUAACAGUAACUUGAUGAGAUUAUCAUUUCAUAUUUUAUUGUAGUCCUAUAAUUCAGUCUUCUAGAUAGGUUGAGACUAUGGAUCUGAAGCUAACACAAUUUAUGGACAACUAAGACUGUACUGAGAGUAGGAUGUACUUAUUAAAAUUCCUCAUGGUGGUUUUCUUUACAAUAAGUUGAGAAAGUGUACACUGCAUGUCUUUUAAGGCUGGAGAUAUUAAAAUGUGAGAAUUUAAAACGUUUAACAAUUGCUUUUAUGAAGCCUAAACUCUACAGAUCUGUAAUUGAAGAUGUAAUUGAAGGAGCACGGUAUUUAUUUGCUGAAGAAGGUCUAGAGGAACAAGUCUUAAAAGAUUUGAAGCAGCUCUGGGAAACAAAGGUUUUGCAGUCAAAAGCAACAGAAGGCUUCUUCAGAAAUAGUGUCCAUUCACCUCUGUUCACCCUUCAGUGGCCAUUCAACUUACACCAAACAUUGCAUUCAUCAACAGCAUCGUUAGUUAUUCCUGCUGGUAGAACCACAGCAGAACUGGGUACUUCAAGCUUCAGUGUAAACUUUACUUUUCCUGGUUAUCCUAUUCAUGUACCAGCAGGUGUGACACUACAGACUGCAUCUGGUCAGUUUUAUAAAGUCAAUGUACCACUUAUGGUGACACAGACUUCUGGAAGAGCAGGUAUUCUUCAGCAUCCAAUUCAGCAAGUAUUUCAACAGCUUGGGCAGCCUUCAGUAAUACAGGCCUGUGUUCCACGACUGAGCCCAUAUUCUCUUCAAGCAACUACUGAAAAAUCACAGAAAAUGGAAACCAUGCUCCAGCAACCCACAAUUCUUCAUUCUGGGACACUGGCUAUGAAAUAUUUAGACAGUACCACCAGUGUUAUACAUCUCCCUCCUCAAAAUGAGCAUAAAAUCAUGUCUGAAGCUUUGUUGAGUCAGCCAGAAAACUCACAGUUUAUUACUCUUUCAGGUGUUGUAUUUUCUCCACCAGUGUCUCCAACCAAUUCUAACAUGGAGCCAGUGCUCAGUGUUUCAGCUAGCAUGACCCAAAAUCUGCACAGUGGGCCCCUUUCCACAGGUCCUCAGAGGACUCGGCACCAGCACAUGUCUGAUAUUCAGCUUCAAGUUCUUAAAAACAGAAUGUUGGAAUGCGAUUCUGAAAAGCAGCCAAGAAAUAAAGAGGAGCCUAGGAGCCUACCUGUCUCGGAGAAGGAUUCUAAUACUCAGAUGGAUUUAAGCAUUCAGACAACUGAUGAUGAUACUGAUGAAGUAGAUGGAACUGGUGAUACAUCUUCCAAUGACAGAAUAGGAAGUACAAGAGAUGUAGAUGAGAAUGAAUUUCUAGGAAUUAUUGAUGCAAGACACCUGAAGGUACUUGAAGAAGAAGCUGAUAGUAUAGCAAAUGAAGAUUCAACUGCCAACACUAGUGAUAAUGAAGACCCUCACAUAGACAUUGUGGAAGAGGAGGCUUUAAAUUCUGGAGAUGAUGUUAGUGAGCAGGAUGUGCCAGACCUGUUUGACACGGAUAAUGUAAUUGUCUGUCAGUAUGACAAGGAUGCCUAGGCAGUUAUCUGGCUAUCUCAUAGCUUUACAUCCUCUUCAUCAUCUUCCUGAAUGUCUCCACAUCACACCUGCUGCUUAAAAACUGCAAAAUCCCCUGCAUCUCACUCUCUUGGUGGCUGUUUUCCACAUGCUUCUACUAAGCAUUUUCCUUGGAAAUCCUCAACCCUUUCAUCAGAAUGCACCUGUCAGUCUCACAUCGUCCCAUCCCCUAGGUGUAGUUCCACUUCCAAAAAGAUGAGGUUGUCAGAGUCAAUUGCUGUUUAAAAUCAAAGUCAAAAGAAAAUUUCCUUUCCAAAUCUCCAUGUCUCUUUUUCCUGAUUGGGUUUGUUUUAAUUGUGUUCAGUUAUGGUCAUAAAUUGUUGAAACUAGGCUCUGUGAACAAAUAAUCCUCCUGUUAGCCAGGUCAAAUUAAUUGUUCAAGUUUUGUGACAGAGCAUUUCACAUAUUUUAUUAAAACUCAGAUCUUUCUGUAUACUGAUAACUCUGCAUUCUGUAACUUGGUCAAAAAUAAAUUCAUCUCCCACAUUUUCCUGGGGGUUGUAUUUGGGAAGUCUCCCAGGUGGCAUGGCCCUCCAGGUGUGAGAAGCACAGUGGGAGAACGCCCAAACUCCAUCCAAAACUUUCCUAACUGGGUGUGCUGGGAAGGAUGAGGGACUUACUCUCAGAUUCCUGGAGGAGUCUCCUGGGCAAACUUCUGGUGCUGCUCCCCUCCACCCUGUCCUGCCUUCGUAAGCAGUGUGUUUAAGAACUUUGUGGGGCUCUGGUAUCAUUGUUCUGAAUCACUUUGGACAGGUCUAUAUAUGAGGAAGGUGUCAGACCCUGGGCUGAAUGUAUAGUUUGCAAUUUUUGCUUGACUGUUUUGAAAACUACUCUCCCUUCCCUGCUGAAAUCCAUCAGUGUGUCUCUUUGCUCCUGAAAGAGAAUUUAAACUCC